AUGGAAUUCUUAACCACCUUCUGGAGGGAGGAGAAGUUUCCUCCAUAUCAGGAGUUUUACAAGAUUAUUCUUGUUCUUCCUCAUUCACAGUUGGAGAACUACCUUCAAAGAACUCAGGAGACAGCUUCUCUCAGGCAUUCUGCAAAUAUAAUGAUCAUCAUGCAUUUGUCAUUGGACCAAGGAUCUCCAAUGAGGAGAAGGGUUUACAGAUUGCUUGAGGUUUGCAAGUGCUGUCUGAAAGUGGAUGACAUUCAGUUCCUCACAUCUUGGAUCCUGAAGAAAUCAUUCUUGAAGAAUCAUGAGGAUGGAGUCAUGGAUGACCAGCUAUUUGUUGAUAAUAUUCCUGGAAAGCUCUCAGAUCUCCUCAUACUUGUUGAUCAGGAGGAAAUCAAUGAGACUAAGUUUUUUCACACACUCUGGGAGAGAAAUGAAUCAGUACUUGCAGAGGGGCUGCAACAACUUACUAAAUCAAUGAGACAUGGAGAUAUGGGGAAUGAGAUGAUAUUGAAUAGAGUUCAGGCACUAUUGAGAAUGAUUCAUCAGCUGGUGCAGAGAGGCUUUUCCCCAACUGAGAGCAAAGAUGAUGUUCCCAAAAACAUCAAUGAAUCGCUUUGGUCUCUUCUGGAGAUAUCUCACAUGCCAUAUGAUCUCAUGGUGAAUGCAUCCCUUGCUCUCACUGUCAUCCUCUCUUUGAAUGGCAUCUCCAUAUCAGAUAUUGUGGAUUCUUGGAAUAAUUGGCAUGGAAAAUUGGAUGGUCAUUUAUCGAGGUUGAGCUUGUCUGCUGUAAUGGCAUUCCUCUUUGCUGUGAUCAGUUCCUUCCAUCAUUUCCCAACCACUGAUUCCUCCAUUCUUCAAGGAUCUCUCAGAGUUAUUGUCCAUCUUCAUGCCAAAGUGGAGGAGACCAGCAAUGUGGAAUCUCUUGCAUUCUAUCGACUGCUGAACCAGUGGUGCAGUGCUUUGCUGGCAUCUGAUGCAUUCCCUGUGACAGAAAGAGAAGUGAGAGAUGUCUUGCUUAUUGUCUGGUCUGGGCUAGACCACUACAUGGCCACAGUGAGGCAUACCACAUUGGAAGCUUUCUCAUCUCUCCUCAAGGCCAUCUCAAAGUCAUGUCACUCAGAAGAUGCUGACCUGAUGCAGAGAGUGAUCCUGAAAGAAGUAGAAGGUAUGAGCAAGGGAAGGAAGGUACGUUAUCGAGCUCUGGACCCCAUUGUGCGAGUAUUUGGCUUCAGGAAGAUACUGGAGCAGUGGCCUGAGCUCCCAUCUGUGUUGGUUGGCCUUCUCCUGGAUGAUCCUAUGCUGGGCCCUGUGGCUGUGGGGGUCUACAAAGAACUCUAUCAACAGGGAUCCUCUUCAUGCAAAGAGGCUCUUCUGAUACCCAUCUUUGAGGUGCUGAAAGACACAGGAGGGAAAAGAAGAAUAUCAGAACACAUUGAUGUUCUUUUGAAGGCCUUGACUGCCAUCGAUCCUGGUAUCUUGGAUCACUUCCAUGGGAGAGACCUAGUUGCGGAUGGAUACCUCCGAGCUGUCUUAUGUUGCACAUCAGAGAGUGUAAUCAUCAGUCCCUCCAAUUUGGAAGCAGCUUUUGAAUCUUCUGACUGUCAGAUUCAGCUUUUGGCCUUGUCUGCUCUUGCAUCAAAUCGCAAGUUGUCAUUGCCAUUGACUGCCAAAGAGCUGGAUUCUGUUGUGAUGUUUCUUCAGAAGAACAUGGCUCAUCAUUCACCAGCCUUCCACCAGCAGGUUACGGCUCAUAUCAAGAAGGUCUUGCUGAGGCUUUCAUGCAGUUGGGACUCCAGUGAGCCGAAGGUGUAUGAUGAGUUUCUUCAGUCACUCUAUGGGCUGUGUUUAGAAUUUUUAUUCCCCUGUGGAAACUUCCCUCAUCGCAUCAUGGCCCUGGAAAUCCUCCAUCUUAUCCAUGAGCACUUGAGAGACCAUAUUUCCUUUGCUACCAGUGCUUCAACAUCUUGGUAUGGCUUCAUAGCGUUCCUCUGUUUGAGGGACACCUAUGAAGAGAAUAAAAUUAUUGCAUCUUCUCUUCUGAUGGAUUACCCACCGACAUCAUUACCUCUUCUCUGCACAGAGGGUCACUGGCAGAGAUUGGUAGGAGUUGGAAGAACCAUGGCUGGAAGUCCACGUCCUCCUGACUCACAAACUGCAGCAUUUCUCCUUUCUUUCCUGGUCAAGAAAGCUGCUGCAAAUCCAAGCUUUUAUUUCCAGUCUGAAUCUAUGUGUGAUGUGAGAUCCUGGCUUAUAGAUGAGCUUGUGAAGGACUUGGAGAAGCAGAUCAAUGUUGCCCAAGAAAACCUCUUGGCUGCAGCUGCAUCUGGUCCAAUGUAUGGAACUCUACUUUGCCUGCAUCGUCUCAUGCUUGAUGUCUUGACUGAACAGGAACCAACAUAUUUGAAAAAUCAAGAUGUGGGGAGGAGAAGAAUUUCUCAGAUGGUGAAGUUAUGUUUUGAUGCAACAGACAUUGUCAUGCCUGUUGUGGCAAACAGUUCUCCAGAAGGACAUCUUCCAAUGGAUUCUUCCCUGCCCAGUGAGAUGGAGGGGCCACUUUCAGGGGCAGUAUCACAGUCCAUUAGAGCUAAAGGAGGUCUGAUGGUGGAGAUCCCCAGUGAUGGGGAUGGGGCUUCAAAGGCUGUGGCAGUGACAUCCCAGAUGCUUCUUCUCUGUGGCUGGCGAACUGUGAAGGAGGCAGCAUUGCUCCUUGGAUCUCUCUCCUCCCUCCUCCCCUCAGAUGCCCUUCUCAAUGUAGGACACAGGCUGGCUCAUUGGCUCUCUGUCAUCAAGCACCGAGGUGCUUUUGAGCAGACUUAUGCUGGCUUUCUUUGUGUAUCCACUCAUUUGUGGAGGGAAGAAGACAAAGAGUCAGGAAGGCUGAUACCUGAUCUUUGGCUGGAAGAUGCCAUAGAAAACUUGUCAACAGGUGCCAAGGAGGAGGGAAGUGCAACUCGUCGGAGUGCUGGCUUCCCCUUCUUUAUGCAGGCAAUGUUGGUAACAGAGCCAAAGGUGAGAAACCAUGAGAGUUUCCGCAGGACAAUGAAGCUCCUAAUUGGUAUGGCCCAAGCAGGUGACAGCAGCAGCCCUGAGAAAAGGAUCCAUGCAUUCAACAUCCUCAGAGCUCUGUAUCGAGAUUCCCGCCUCUCUGAACUCGUUCUCCCUUAUGUUGAUGGAGGCAUCAAAGCCUCCAUUGCUGGAUUCAAGAGCCAAGUUUGGGGAGAGAGAAACUCAGCAAGUCUUUUGUUGAGUGCCUUGAUCCAGCGCACAUUUGGUGUGAAACGAGGUCGUAUAGAGGGGUCAGAGAAGAACAGGAUGACGGGACAGACGUUCUUUACCCGCUUCCCUGAACUGAAGCCCUUUCUUCUGAACGAGUUGGCAUUGGCAGUUUCCAGUCCUCCUCCCACUGUCCACCUUCAUCCACUUCUCCUCAUCCUCUCCCGCCUUCAUCCCUCUGCCCUCAAUUCGUCUCACCCUCAAGAAAGUUUGGAGAUGUUUGAACCCCUAUUGAUAGAGUGUGGAGGGAAUUGCAUAGAAAAGAUUCGAGUGUUGGCUGGGAGAGCCCUGGAUGCCAUUCUCACCCCUCCAAGGAGGCCUCAUGUUUUACUUUCUAUUCUCCAUGCCCUCAAAGAAUGUCAAAACUCUACAUCAAACAAAAUUCAUGGACUCCUCCUAAUGGCAAGGCAAAUCCUGCUGAGCAUGAUCAAGGAAGAAUUUCCACAUCUGCCAGAUCUGGAGGAACAUUUGGUCAACCUUGCCAAUCUGGCUUCAGGAGAUAAUCCUUGCCAUUUGAUCUCUGCUACAGCAUUGGACAUUUUGUGUCUCUUCUCCCUGAUGGGAAACUCAGUUGCAACUAAUUGCAAUCUGCGAAUGGUGACAUCGUCUCUCCUUGCUGAUUCUAAUGAACCAGGCUUUGUAUCCUUCCAAGUGUCUCUCCUCAAUCAUCAUCUCCUUCAAAAAACGUCUGCAUCCAUGGAAUUAUUGAACGAACUCGUGAAAUGCCCUAAUCCUGAUGUCAUUGUGUCUCUGUGUGACUUCUUCUUGAAAACAGACUCAAAAGAGGACUGGCAAUUGACAGUGACUGCUGGGAGCAUCUUGCAGGAGGAGCACAUCUUGAGGCUCAUUUGUUCUCAAGAGUGCACAUUUGUCACCGAUAAAGACAACCUAAUGGACACCUUGACUCAUAUGCUCUCAUUCUCUGAUCACCUAUAUGCUCGAGAAGCAAUUCUGCUUGCAAUUUGUCACAUCUUGGAACAAGAUUCUGAUCUUUGUGUGUCAGAGACUCUUUUGUCCCUUGCAACAACAAUCUCAAUGAUAUUAGAAGAUGAAAACCGGGAAGAAGCCUGUGUUGCUGCUUACAGGGCUCUAACAGCCACCAUGUUUGCUCUGUCCCAUCAUGCUUCUUGUGAACUCUGGGACCAUUUCUUCGAUUUGACACUUAGAUUGGCUGAGCCAGAGCGAUUCAAUGGCGUUCGCCUACGAGUUGCAUAUGCUCUUCAUAUGAUUGCCAUUCACAGACUGGACCUGGUCAAAGCAGAGAUUCGCUGGUGGCGAACUGCUUUCCUCCUGCAUCGAGAUGACGAAGAGAUGAUACGGGAAAAGGUAGAGGAAGUACGAGGUCAGCUGCUUCAUUCCUCAAGAGCCUCACCUGGCUCACAUUCAUGGCCUGCUCUCUUCAUUCAAAUAUGUGAAAGAAAACCUGAGUCAGUGGCCUUCUUGGUCCAGAACAUCCUUUGGGAUGCCUCUUCUGCUGUUUCUUUUGAACUGGAUGAGGAGCAAGACUGCAUGUUUGAUAAGGGAGAAAUGAGUACCUAUGCAGAAGAGUUGCCAUGGGUUCGAGCAUGCUCUGCAGCCUUGCAGGAGCUCAUAGCAAGAGAGAAGAUCAUGGUUGAUGGGGUGCAAAUUGAUGAAGACAUUUUCCCAUUGUGGCUCUCUGGGUCUUCUUCAGAAAGGACCCAAUCUGUCUGUGAUAUUCAGCAUCUACUCACCUCUUAUGUCAGCUCAAAGUGCAAGGAUCUCCUGGAACAUCUCCCUGAAAUGCCCUUUCUCAGGCAUCUUGAAUUCAAUGUGUCAUUAAUACGGGUUUACAUUUCUUUAAGUUAUCCUGAGAGUCAUGCAUCCUCCACAUCACCUCAUCCUCUUUUAUGCUCAUUGGAAAGUAAUAUGUACGAGAAAAUACUGAUCACAUCUCCAGGACCUGAUUGUGCUUAA